CCCUCGUCUCGGCUAGAAACCUCAAUUCCAUGCAAAAUCUGAAUUUCGGCCUUUCCACAAUCUGGUAGGAAGGUGGACCCCAUAACCGAAGCUACCUGAGCAAAAAUUAUACAAUCAUGGGUUUUGUGAAAGUCAUCAAGAACAAAGCAUACUUCAAGCGUUUUCAAGUAAAAUUCAAGAGAAGAAGAGAGGGCAGAACUGAUUACUAUGCAAGAAGAAGACUUGUUAUUCAAGAUAAGAACAAGUACAACACGCCAAAGUAUAGAAUGAUUGUUCGAUUCACCAACAAAGAUGUUAUUUGCCAGAUAGCGUAUGCCAAACUUGAAGGAGACGUGAUUAUUUGUGCUGCUUAUGCCCAUGAGCUCCCAAGAUAUGGUGUCAAGGUCGGGUUGACCAAUUAUGCAGCUGCAUAUUGUACAGGCCUGUUGCUUGCAAGAAGGCUUUUGGCCAAGCUGAACUUGGCUGACAUUUACAAGGGUUGUGAAGCGCCAGAUGGUAAUGAAUACUGUGUUGAAGGAGAAGAAGGACAGCCAGGACCAUUCCGGUGCUAUCUAGAUGUUGGUCUUGCAAGAACCACAACUGGAGCCAAGGUUUUUGGUGUAUUGAAGGGUGCUGUUGAUGGUGGGCUUGACAUCCCACACAGCAACAAGAGAUUCCCUGGCUAUGAUAAUGAAGCCAAGGAAUUUGACCCUGAAGUGCAUAGAAACCACAUCUUUGGGCAGCAUGUUGCAUCAUAUAUGAAAUCAUUACAAGAGGAUGAUGAUGAUGCUUUCAAGAGACAGUUCUCCAAGUUCAUUGAAAAUGGCAUCACUCAUGACAAUGUUGAAGAGAUGUACAAAAAAGCACAUGCUGCUAUUAGAGCUGAUCCAAGUCCAAAGCAAGCUGAACCAAAAGAGAAGAAGGAAGGAGAAAAACAGAAGAGAUGGAACCGCAAGAAGAUGACACUUGCCCAAAAGAGAAACCGUGUGGCCCAGAAGAAGGCAUCAUUCCUGAAGAAAAUUGCAGCAGAGGAAGAGGAAGAAGAUUAAAUGAGAAUAAAAAAAAUUUGAUUUUUUGGGCUAAA